AUUGAAUAUUAACAAAGUGGAAUGCAGAACAAUAUAUUAAAUUUAUUGUGAAAUCUGAACUAAACGAAAACUGAAGAAGUAACUAACUUUAUGAUGUAACUGAUUUUUUCUAUGCAUAAACUAUUAACUUAAUAUUCAAGAGUGCGAUUUGUAUAUAAUAAAUUUGUGUAGUGAUUUAUCACCAAAAACCUCGCCAAUUAUAGAUUAUUUCGAUCUAAAUAGAAAAUCAAAAUGUCUGGUGCACAAGCAGGUCAGCCACAACAGGUGGAAUUUCAUGAAUAUCAAUGGGCAUAUUCAAUAAUGGAUUCAUCAAGAGUCUCAACAUUUUUGAUCUCCAUGCUAUUAAUUGUUUAUGGGAGUUUUAGAAGUCUUAAUAUGGAGCAGGAGGCCCGUGAAAGACAAGAAAGGGAGAGGCAGAACGCCAUGCAAAUAGGCAGCGGAGGCAGUAUAACAAUUGGCCUAUUGAAUGGUCUCGAAAAAACGCAGGAAAAUAGUAAGUUGCAAACAUUAGAUACAGUGCAGGCUUUGUGUCUACCGUUAGGAGCGUCGGUUUCUUUGCUGGUAAUGUUUUUCUUCUUCGAUUCGAUGCAAAUGCUGUUCGCGAUUUGCACAGCCAUCAUAGCGACUGUAGCCCUGGCCUUUCUACUUCUUCCGAUGUGUCAGUACGCCACCAGGCCAUGUUUCUCUCCGAGUACGACAGCUUCGGCGACCGGGGCUUGCAAUGGCCCUGGAGGAAUUUCCACUACACCUAAUUAUAAUAAAAUUUCUUUUGGGCCUUGCGGCAGAUUCACGCCAGCAGAACUUUUAAGCUUUUCUUUGGCUGUCGCAAUAGUAUUUAUUUGGGUGCUGACCGGACACUGGUUACUGAUGGACGCCAUGGGUAUGGGCUUAUGCGUGGCUUUCAUAGCGUUUGUGCGAUUGCCAUCAUUAAAAGUAUCAACAUUAUUAUUGACUGGAUUGCUGAUUUAUGAUGUAUUCUGGGUAUUCUUCUCAUCAUACAUCUUUAGUACUAAUGUAAUGGUCAAGGUUGCGACCAGACCAGCAGAAAAUCCGGUAGGUGUAGUCGCACGGAAAUUGCGUCUUGGUGGUGCAGCCGGCGAUAUGGUUGCACCUAAGCUCAGUCUCCCUGGAAAAUUAGUUUUCCCAUCUAUGCAUCAUACAGGACAUUUUUCAAUGCUCGGUCUUGGAGAUAUAGUGAUGCCAGGAUUGCUACUGUGUUUUGUUUUGCGCUAUGACGCCUACAAAAAGGCUCAGUGCACUCCUGUGGAUUCUGGAAUACCAAAGCCUCGAAGCGUUGGUUCGAGAUUAACAUACUUUCAUUGCUCUCUACUAGGAUAUUUUCUCGGACUCCUCACCGCUACUGUGAGUAGUGAAGUUUUCAAGGCUGCUCAGCCAGCUCUUCUUUAUCUUGUACCAUUUACUCUCUUGCCACUACUUACCAUGGCAUAUGUUAAGGGAGAUUUACGCCGAAUGUGGAGUGAGCCUUUCAUAACUCAAACUCCACCUAAACAUAUGGAUGUCUGAUGUGAUAUUAUGGAUUUCCUUACUUGGUUUUAAUUAGAAUAGUUUACCUGUCUGGAAUUUAAAAUCAAAUCCAGAGAACUUAACAAUCAGGAUUUUGGAACAAUAGGUUAUUGUGAAGUAUUACACUAAAUUUAAAAGGUAAUAAUAUUUAUUAUAUGCAUAGGACAUAUUAUGAAAAGUUUUGGUUUAGCCAGUGCUAUGUCAACUUAUUGAUCCUCAAUCUCGAUCAGGAGAAAAGUGUGAUAGGCGAUUAAAAUAUAUUUAAGAAUA